GCGGAGGGAAACCAGCAGCCGGAGCGACCCGCCGCCCUGCGAGCAGGCUUGCCCGGGACUCAACUUUCCCCGCGCCGGGCACCGGUCAUGAGCGGAGGGCAAAUUAAUUAUAUUUAUGGAAUAAACGAAGCAAUUAUUGAUGAGCGAAAUAAUAGACAAGAAGACAGGCAGACUGGAACGGAUCAGCUGCCGGGGGGGCCAGUCGCUGAACUGGAAGCAUGGAAGAGGGGAUUAAUGGAAAGAUGAACCAGGCCCAUGUCCUCUUUGACCGAUUUGUCCAGGCUUCCACCUGCAAAGGGACUUUGAAAGCCUUUCAGGAACUCUGUGAUUAUUUGGAGCUGAAGCCCAAGGAUUAUCGUACGUUCUACCACAAGCUCAAAUCCAAGCUCAGUUACUGGAAAGCAAAAGCUCUUUGGGCUAAGUUGGACAAGAGAGGCUGCCACAAAGACUAUAAGAAGGGGAAAGUAUGCACCAACGCAAAGUGUCUCAUAAUUGGGGCUGGACCCUGUGGCCUUCGAACAGCCAUUGAUCUCUCCUUUUUAGGAGCAAAGGUGGUGGUGAUAGAAAAGCGUGAUGCCUUCUCCCGCAACAAUGUUCUCCAUCUGUGGCCGUUCACCAUUCAUGACUUGAGAAGCCUUGGCGCCAAAAAGUUCUAUGGCAAAUUCUGUGCAGGAGCCAUUGACCAUAUCAGUAUUCGUCAGCUUCAGCUGAUACUCUUGAAGGUCUCCUUAAUCCUUGGUGUUGAGAUCCAUGUCAACGUAGAAUUUCAGGGUCUUCUCUGUCCUCCUGAGGACCAGGAGAAUGAGAGGAUAGGUUGGCGUGCACAAGUCUAUCCAAAAACACAUCCUGUAUCAGAAUACGAGUUUGAUGUGAUAAUUGGAGGGGAUGGAAGGCGAAAUACUUUGGAAGGGUUUCGUCGAAAAGAGUUUCGUGGGAAGCUGGCAAUUGCCAUCACGGCAAACUUCAUCAACCGGAAUACCACAGCUGAAGCCAAGGUUGAAGAGAUCAGUGGCGUGGCGUUCAUUUUCAACCAGAAGUUCUUCCAGGAUCUUCGAGAAGCAACUGGUAUUGAUCUGGAAAACAUUGUCUACUACAAAGAUGAUACCCACUAUUUUGUCAUGACUGCCAAAAAGCAGAGCUUGCUGGACAAAGGAGUCAUAUUACAUGACUAUGCGGACACAGAACUAUUAUUGUCACGAGAGAAUGUGGACCAAGAGGCUCUGCUCAGCUAUGCCAGAGAAGCUGCUGACUUCUCAACUAAUCAGCAGCUGCCAUCGCUGGACUUUGCCAUCAACCACUAUGGACAGCCUGAUGUUGCAAUGUUUGACUUUACAUGCAUGUAUGCGUCAGAGAAUGCAGCCAUGGUCCGAGAAGUGAAUGGCCAUCAGUUACUUGUGGCACUGGUUGGGGACAGUUUGUUAGAGCCAUUUUGGCCAAUGGGCACCGGAAUAGCCAGGGGCUUUCUUGCUGCCAUGGACUCCGCCUGGAUGGUACGAAGCUGGUCCUUAGGAAUAAGUCCUUUGGAGGUCCUUGCAGAAAGAGAGAGCAUCUAUAGGUUGUUGCCUCAAACUACACCGGAGAACGUCAGCAAGAACUUCAGCCAAUACAGCAUUGAUCCUGUCACUCGGUACCCCAACAUCAAUGUCAAUUUCCUAAGGCCAAGCCAGGUACGCCAUUUGUAUGAUACAGGAGACUUGAGGGAUAUUCAUCUGGAGAUAGAAAAUUUGGUGAACUCUAGGACACCAAAGUUAUCACGGAAUGAAUCUGUGGCCCGUUCUAGCAAACUUCUGGGCUGGUGUCAGAGGCAGACAGAUGGAUAUGCUGGUGUGAACAUAACAGACCUUACAAUGUCAUGGAAGAGUGGCCUAGCGCUGUGUGCUAUUAUUCAUCGAUUUCGUCCAGACCUGAUAGAUUUUGAUUCUCUAGAUGAACACAAUGUAGAGAAGAAUAAUCAGCUGGCAUUUGACAUUGCUGAGAAGGAGCUUGGAAUCUCUCCCAUUAUGACUGGCAGAGAUAUGGCAUCAGUUGGUGAACCAGACAAGCUGUCCAUGGUUAUGUAUCUCACCCAGUUUUAUGAGAUGUUCAAGGACUCUCUUCCUUCCAAUGAUAAUCUGGAACUGAAUGCAGAAGAAAAAGCUGCUUUAAUUGCUAACACUAAAUCUCCGAUCUCCUUCUUCAGCAAGUUGGGACAGAGCAUUUCACGGAAACGGACACCAAAGGAUAAAAAGGAGAAAGAUUUGGAUGGUUCAGGAAAGAGGAGGAAAACAAGCCAAUCAGAAGAUGAGGACACUUCCAGAAGCUGCCGUGAAGACAGGCCCACUCUUGUAAGUGCUCUGACAGAGAGAAGAAUUGAUGCUGCUAUCGGGAACCAGAAUAAAGUGAAGUCCAUGGCAACCCAGCUGCUAGCCAAAUUUGAGGAGAAUGCCCCUGUACAGUCCACCGGCAUCCGGAGACAGCCUUAUCAAGACCGUGCUCUCAGCCAUCCCACCUAUCGACAGCGAGAGCAGGGCCGCCAUGCCCCAAUACCUCAGUGGAAACAGAUGAGGAAAAAGGAGCGUUGUCGGACCUGCCCCAAAAAAGUGAUCAUGCUCUCUUCUUCCUCCAUUUGCACUUCCUCUCCAUCGUACCCCAGUCAGCAGACCAUCAGAGACCUUCAGGCAGAUGCACCUGGAGAACAGAGUCCCAGCCAUCGAUGGAGGCCUCAUCAGUUCUUUUCAGAUGACCAUAUGGCAGAGCAUACCCUCACCAUUGAACAGAGGGCAAGCCAGCUGGCUGCCCUCCUGGAGCAGAGGCCAGCAACCAGGCACCAGCCAGAGACUGAGCGAGCUCGUCGAUCGGUUGUCGAGCAGUGGGAGCUCUCCCGUAGCCUCCGCUCUUCCAGUCGCCCUGCUUCUCCCUCGUCUGAUUCCCUCAGACAGAAGUAUAUAAAGAUGUAUACAGGAGGCGUGAGCUCAUUGGCUGAGCAGAUAGCCAAUCAGCUUCAAAGGAAAGACCAGCCCAAAACCCUUCUAGACAAGAAGGAACUGGGUUCAUUAAAAAAAGAAUUCCCCCCCAACGUUGGAGGCAGUGAUGUCUGUUACUUCUGCCACAAACGGGUCUACGUGAUGGAGAGGCUCAGCGCUGAAGGCAAAUUCUUUCACCGCAGCUGCUUUAAAUGUGAAUACUGUGCCACCACUCUGCGCUUGUCUUCAUAUGCCUAUGAUUUGGUGGACGGAAAAUUCUACUGCAAACCCCACUACUGUUACAGGCUUUCAGGUUAUGCCCAAAGGAAGAGACCAGCAGUGGGUCCUCUGUCAGGAAAGGACAACAAAGGGAUUGUACAGGACAGCAUGGCAGCUGAUGGUGCAGGGCGUGCAAAUUCCAUCUCAGCGUCGUCCGAAAAGACCCCAGCUCCCAAUGUAAAUGGCCUAGAGGAACCCAGUCUUGCCAAGAGACUGCGUGGCACACCGGAACGGAUUGAAUUGGAGAACUAUCGCCUCUCGGUGCAACGGGAAGAAGACUUGGAAGAAGUGCCAGAGGAGACAUUGGCGGAACACAACCUCAGCAGCGUGCUAGACAAAGGAACAGAAGAGGAUGUACCCAGCAGUAGUUCAGAAUCUGAGAUGGAGGAGGAGGAAGAGGAGGAGGAGGAGACAGCAGAGCAGCCCAGGCAACCUACCUCUGAUCUGGGUGGUGUUCCUUGGAAAGAGGCUGUGCGAAUACAUGCCAUGUUGAAGGGGAAGAGUGAGGAGGAGCUGGAGGCUGAGAAAAACCAUGAUAAUGAAGAAGGGGAGGAAGAAGAGGAGGAGGAGGAAGAGGAGGAGGAAGAAGAAGUCUCUAGUGAAGCUGGAAACCUGAGGCUGCAGCAGAUAGUAAAUCCUAUUGAUCCCCUGGAGAUCUUGGCAGAUGUGCAUUGGACACACAUCCGUCAGAAAGAGGAGGAGGAAAAAGUGGGUCCUACUUCUAAGUCCUCUACCUCAAGAGCAUCUGACCUUCCCUCCAUCCGCCACGAGGCAGUGCAGGCAUGGCUGGAUGCAGUCCCAGGAGCCCUGUGUGAAGAGAAUGAGGAUGAAGAUGAAGUGGGUACUGAGCCUGCAGAAGCUAUUGAAGAUGGGGACACCGGGGCAGAGUUGGAUGACGAUGACAUCCCUUCUGAUGCAGAGGCAGAGUGUCCCAUCCAUCAAGAAGAAGAAGAAGAAGAAGAACUGAAAGUCUCUGAACUCAAGGAAGCAGAAACAGCCACCCCUUUUGUUACAAUGGAAGAUCCCUGUAAUCCUUGUCUUCCAGUCCAAUCACCAUGUGAAAGGACUGAUCCUGUUUCUCCAGUUUGUAACCACAAGGAAGAAGAAAAAGAGGAACCUCUUACAACAGUAUCGUACAGAGAAAGAUCUUCAGAUAUCCAUUUUUUCCCUGAGCCUUUCCUCCCAGAAGAAGAAAAAGAAGGCAGGAUCCUUGAUGAUCAAAAAGCCCAAAGUCCAUCAGCAUCAAUUUCACCAAUACGGUCACAGCCUGUUGCACUGCCUGAAGCCAUCACACCAAUAUCACCUGUGAAGCCACAAUCAACAGUACCCACGGAACCAACUUUGCCACCUCUUGCUCCCCUGCCUAUUUGUUCACAGCCUUUACCCACUGCUGAAGCCUCCAUUCCAUCUCCAGCAGAGCCACCAGUGUGUUUUCAGCCAAGCCCAGCUUUUACUUCUACUCCUUUGGCCAAACUUGCUCUAAAAAGUAAAGAUGGACAGAUAGAAAAACUGGGAAGUCCCACCACAACAGAAGAAACUUUAAAAAGGAAUAAUCUUGUAGAGGAAUUCUGGAUGAAGAGUGCUGAAAUUCGAAGGAGUUUAGGUCUCACCCCAGUCAACAGAAGCAGAGGAUCGGAACCAAACUUCACCUUCUCACCCCUUGAAUCUGCUCCUUUCAAAUCAUAUGGUUCUGAUGUGGGUUCAGAAGAAAAGGAAAUCCAUCCUGUAAAACCAACAAAGGUGGUCACACCAAAGUUGGAUAAGGAGCAGUUUUCUUUGCUGACACCAACCUCCCAAUCAGAGAAAGAGCUGAAAAACUCAAGGGAUGUGAAAAGAGAUCUCUCCAGCAGUUCUGGACUGGGACUUCAGGGCAGUUCAUCCAACAUGAGGACACUGGCCAGCCAAAGUUUUAACACAUCAGAUUCCACCAUGCUCACUCCUCCAUCUAGCCCUCCUCCACCACCACCUCAAAAUGAAGAGCCAGCAACACUGAGAAGAAAAAGGCACCAGGCAAUUUGGCAGAAAGAGGAAGAGUCUGUGCAAACACCUCACAUAGUACCAGCAAAUGAAAGAAUCCGACCCACCAGAAAUUCAUCUCAGCCACCCAGAGAAGAGGUGAGGAAGUCAUUUGUUGAGAGUGUAGAUGAAAUACCAUUUGCUGAUGAUGUAGAGGACACUUACGAUGAGAGAACAGAGGAUACAAGCCUUAAUGAAAAAUAUUUCACUCCACCUAGCAAGCCAAGACCUGAGAAGCCUCUUCAUCUGCAUUUGGUUAAGGAAAAUGGUAGGCCAUCAUCAGUUGAAGGGGGAAAGAGAGGCCUUCCUCAAGUCUCUGCAGAAGCUAAGGAGUUAGCUGAGGAGAGAAUGAGGGCCAGGGAGAAGUCUAUCAAAAGCCAGGUCUUACGGGAUGCUGUGGCUAAGCAGCUCAGCAGGAUGAAAGAUCUGGAGAUGACCAGCAGUGCUGGUGCUGCAAAACCUCGCAAAGCAUCUACAGUACCCUCAAAGACCAAAGAGCUUUCUUUAGACACCCCAAAGCUUCUGGCUGUGAAAGCCAGUGAAGGCCCUAUUCUAAAGCACGAAGCUAGUAGUGAGAGGUUCUUCUCACCAUUAACAGACAUUGGUAGGCAAGAUGGGUCCAUCACAUCUUCAGAAAGCUCCAGCGGGAAGAGUAAAAAAAGGACUUCUCUCUUCUCUCCCCGUAAGAACAAAAAGGAGAAGAAGUCAAAGAAUGAAAACAAGCUAUCUGACAAAUCCAGCAGUGCAGCUGAGGAAGCCACAAAGCCCAAAUCCCUUUGGAAGUCUGUCUUCUCCAGUUACAAGAAAGACAAGAAGAAAAAGGCAGAUGACAAAUCUUGCCCUAGUACACCUUCCAGUGGGGCCACAGUAGAUUCUGGGAAACAUAAGGCAUCUCCACUGGUUAGAGCAGCAGAUUUGCAACUGCGUCAACACUUAAGCUUCUCUGAGGAUUCUGAUCUCUCCAACGAAGAUGUCUUGGAACGUUCCUCACAGAGAUCUAAAAGGGAGUCGAUUUACGUUCCACACGCCUUGGCAUUCAAGAGAUCAUAUGCAUCAAAGAAAGCAUACACGGAGGAGGAACUCAAUGCCAAGCUGACCAGGCGAGUACAGAAAGCUGCUCGCCGUCAAGCCAAACAAGAAGAGCUGAAGAGGUUACACAGGGCCCAGAUCAUCCAAAGACAAUUGGAACAGGUUGAAGAGAAGCAAAGGCAGCUGGAGGAGAGGGGAGUUGCUGUGGAAAAAGCCCUCCGGGGUGAAGCAGACUAUUGGGGAGAGUCUUAUUACAGUGACCUCAUCGACUUGCAUCUGGGUGUUGAGCCCAAUGCCGGGACACCACGCCGUAGACCUCUCUCCUUCUGCCCUUGCUGUACCCACGAAGGCAUGGGGAAGAAGGAUGACCCUAAGCUGAUGCAGGAGUGGUUCAAGCUGGUGCAGGAAAAGAACGCCUUGGUGCGCUAUGAAUCAGAGCUGAUGAUAUUCGCACGCGAGUUGGAACUAGAGGACAGGCAGAGCCGGCUACAGCAAGAGCUCCGAGAGAGGAUGGCAGUGGAAGAUCAGCUAAAGACAGAUGAAGAACUCUCAGAGGAGAAGAGGAUCUUGAAUGAAAUGCUAGAGGUGGUGGAGCAGAGAGAUUCUCUUGUGGCCCUCCUUGAAGAACAGCGCCUUCGAGAGAAGGAGGAAGACAAGGAUCUAGAGGCUGUUAUGCUGUCCAAAGGAUUCAACUUAAACUGGUCCUGAGUGUAUCACCAUGCCUGGUUGCUGAUCUGCAUUGUCCAGUUGGCACAUGCCAAGUUAGAUGGAGCUGCCUGGUUGGAGGAAACAACUUGGAGCAGGAACCAUACCAGGAAUCUUGCAGCAGCUAAGUGCUUGAGCCAGGAGCUUCUUGCUAAAAGGGUUGGUUGUAAGGAUCCAGAGUCCUGUGUGAGGCUACAGAGCCAAGAAUGAAGUAGUGACCUGAGAUUGCGUGCCUUCCUUGGGGACCUGUGCAAGAGGUCAAUAAGGUUUUUUGUGAUCUCUGAGAGAGACUAAAAAUGAAAUGAAAAUAUUUUGUGUGGUGAUGUUGUUGUUUUUAAAAAAGAACUUUAACCAAUUUAGGUGGGCCAUAGCUUGUUCAUUUCACAUUUACCCAAUUCAUGGGGUUAAUGGAUUUGUUUGUUUAAAUAACAAAGGAAAUGGGUGUCUAAUACCUUCUGAAAAAUCACCUUGCAGCAGCCUUUGGAAGAGCAAACCACUCACUACAACAAAGCACACUGUGUAUAUGCUCUUCUCACCAAAGAAAUCUGAAGCUGCCACUGUUGUCUAAGUAUGGAGAGACAUCCAUAUCUGAACAUGGAUGAGGAACUUGGAAUGCUAAGAACUUGAAACCCGGCUUCUUGUGAUUUCUGCAAAAGACAAGGGACAGAGGCAGACUUGUUUCCUUACCUGCAGCCUCCACAAGUUGCUAUUGUUCUGAGCAGCUCCAGCAUGCAAACUAUUUCCUCUUGGCCAUGAAGUGCUCUGGACUGAAAGACGCUGUUUCCCCUUUUCUGUUGACCUUUGACUGCUCCGUUGUGAACUUGAUGACCAUUUAGACACUGGAAAGUGCUAAUUAUCAAAAGAUGGGUUCAUUAUGAAGCAUUUUGAGGGCUCUCAUGGGCGACAGUCCCCCAGCUUCAAACUCUCCAAGAGUGGGCCCAAGGCUGUUCAGUAGGUUUUUGUUUCUUUUUGUUUUCGGGGAUAUUUUCUUUCCUUUUUUUUUUUUUGCACGUCAGAAAUGAAGCAGAAGACCUAUCCUGGCCCUUUAGUCACUUUAGAUCCUUUAAUGUCUAUUAACUUAUUUUUUAAUACUUGAAAGAAAAAUUGGUUUUGUACCUUUUUAAGAAGUGAACAGAUGAGUGUGUGAUAAAUCUGUGUGCCUGCCCUACCUUUCAACCUCUGUGUGUUUAAUGCUUUCCCCUCUUCCCUGUUUCUAUUUAUUAGAGUUAUUAUUAAUGAUAUUACUGUUACACAGUACAUUCGAUCUGCAGAAAAGAUGUUUUUAAGUUCCAGACUGUUGAUUCUGAUUUGGGCUUGUUCUUGUUUCAUGUUUAGGGGGAAGCCUUGGGAAAUAUGUGGGGAGAAUUCCCACACAGUGUUUUCUUGAUAGACACUUGCACCCUCAUGAGGGAAGGUUCAGAGGGACAGAGCAGUGAAAACUGGUUUUAUUUCCUGUACUUCAAAAGCUCUCCCUUUCUUCCAUGAAUAUUGGUAAACCUACAGUUUUAUUUACUGUUGUAAGAUUUUUGUAACUAGAGUGGUGGCAUUGCCACUUCUGCUCAUGUGAAGAGCAAACUACGGUGGCCUGGUAGAGUCCACCACCAAGGGAAGGAUUAACAUCGAUUUCAUUGGUUCUGCCCCCAGACCUGUUUCUUGUUUGUUCAGGAAGGGAAUAGAUGAUUCUUUCCCAGUGUAACAGCAAAAGGGACAUAAAAUAGACUCUCGUCUAUCACCAGCUCUGAGGUUCCAUAAGCACAUCAUGUCCUUCACCAUGUUUCUCAAAGGUGCUGGCCUGCAGCUUGCAGAAUUUUCCAUUUCUAUAUUAAAAAAAAUACUUUGACCCCCAUGGGUUUCAAAUCUUUUUUAUUCAAAGCAAAAGGAGUUACCAGUGCACUGUGUCAGGGAGGUAAAAUGUCAGUCUCUGACCCUAACCCUAAUCCUUUAUGGCAUCUUAAUUUACCAGGCUGAACAGAGAACAGGGUUCUGUUGCUAUAGUUACAUCAAGGGAAACUUCCAGCAAAUUCUGCUCCUCCAGCAUUGCAACAAUAUGAGAAGAUAUUCCUGCUGCUACAGCUGAAAAACCUUUCCAGCAUUUUUUAGCCAGAUGUUGGCUAGUUAGAGCAAGGAUUUCCUUCCUGGUGUUGGCAGCACCUACCUCUGAAAGGGACUGUACCUCUUCUUGUCUUGAAAGAAGCCUUAAUUUCUACUUUUUUAGAAGAAAUUAAUAUGGCUGCUGACUUUUACCUUUAAUCAGUAGAGAGUUUCUUUCCAUGAAAUACUUUCCUUGAUGUUAGACUGUAUGUGUUCAAAAGUAGCAUUCUGGCAGCUGUGUUUUAGACAGUGCAGAGAAAGAAAUUAAUUUUUCCAGGAAACAACCCAGGUAUUGCUUUCAAAGUGUAUAUUCUAUUUGCCAUUUUAGGCUGACAAGCAGCUGUGGCCACCUUAAAUAUCUACUCCAUGUAGGUGAUUGAAGGAGGACAGAACUUCUGCAUCUUUAAUAGUUCUGUAAAACAGGGCAUCUGCAAUGCAGUUGAUCAUGUAACUUUCUUUAAAAAGGCACAGAUGUUCUGUCCUUUGCAUCUGGCUACCACAGAUCAAAGAGCAAUGGCUUAGAUUUCUGCAAGGAUCCCACCCCACCACCCCCAGUUACAGCAACAGAUGACAGACAAAAUCCUACCUCUCUAGGUCAAUUCUAUUUCACCUAACAGACUGGAAACAUUUACAAAUUGUUUAUAUAUU